AAUUGGACCCGCAUACUCCAACUAAAUUAAUUUGUAAAUAUAUGCAAAAGUGACACAUACAUUUAUAGCAUAAAGUACACAUAUUCCUUGAACGUUGAUAAUACAGAGCGUGCGUGUGGAUCUUUUUGUGUGUACGUGCGCUCCUUCAACGCAGCCAAAUCAUUCGCCGUCUCCGGAUUCUUGGUGCUAAGAAAAAUUCCGCUAUACACGUGAAGCAGCAGAGGCGCUGCAGAGAAAAUCCAACCCACACACACACACAACGCCGUACGUACACGUACACAAAUGCGCGCGAGUAAAAUUUGCAAAAGCAAGUGAAAAUUGUUUGCCAAAAGCGCGUGAGAGUCACUGUGUGUGUGUCGUGUAAGUUAGCGCGCGUGGGGAUAGUCGCAAGCAGCUGUCCAAGUGAAGAAUUUGUUAUUGUUCUAUACAAACUAUAUAUUGUAUUACGGCUCGCAACCCGCUUAGACAAAAUGGAUCUAUUUAACUACAAGGACCACUACAUACUCACACCCCAGCAGCUGCGCAAACUCAGCGAACAUAAAUACUCAUGCUUUAGUGCCAGCCUGAUGGAUCCGUUGUUGCAACCAUGGUGGAACUGGCUGGUAUCAAAAACACCGCUCUGGUUAGCUCCAAAUCUAAUUACAAUUGUGGGCCUAAUACUCAAUAUUGUGACCACGUUGAUAUUAAUAAGCUAUAGUCCCAAUGGUGUAGACGCGCCUCCUCGCUGGACCUGCUUUCUGUGCGCACUCGGUCUGUUCAUCUAUCAGAGUCUGGACUCCAUUGAUGGCAAACAGGCGCGGCGCACGAAUACGAGCUCUCCAUUGGGGGAACUCUUCGAUCAUGGCUGUGAUUCCAUAUCGACCGUGUUUGUAGCUCUCUCAGCCUGCAUCUCCUGUCAGUUGGGCCACUAUCCCAAUUGGCUGUUCUUCCAGUGCUUCUGCGCCAUUGCGCUGUUCUAUUGCGCUCAUUGGCAGACAUAUGUAUCGGGUACUUUGCGCUUUGGACGCAUCGAUGUUACGGAGGCACAGUUUUCCAUUAUUGCCAUCCACCUGGUAUCAGCUGUUAUGGGUCCUGAGUUCUGGCUGACUAAGAUACCAAUCGUGGGCGUUUCAUGGAAUUAUACAAUAUUAGUAUUUAUUACAUUCGGUUAUGCCUUGAAUAUUAUCAAUUUUUCAAAAAUGUUUAUUGAAGGAGGCAGUGGCAAAAACGGUUCCUCAGUUGCUGGAACCAGCGUUCUGUCCCCCAGCAUACCAUUGACAUUGGUGGUGCUGCCGGCUCUGAUCAUCGCACAGAAGUCGCCGGAAAACAUUUUCACCGAGAACUGUUCGCUGUACAUUAUGGCCUUUGGCAUGGUGGCAGCCAAGGUGACCAACAAGCUUGUGAUAGCGCAUAUGACCAAAGCGGAAAUGGAAUAUUUGGAUUGGUCGCUAUUGGGACCCGCUCUAUUGUUCCUCAAUCAGUACUUCAACUGCAUAGUGCCUGAGCUAUGGCUGUUGUGGUUCACACUCAUCUGGGGCACACAGGAUUUGUUGCGCUAUUGUGCCCAGGUCUGUCUCGAGAUUUGCAAGCACUUGCGCAUCGAUCUCUUUAGAAUACCCUACACGCCCAAGGGCGCGUCCAUGGCCAGCACGGCAACAAGCACACAUCAUCAUACGUCCAGCAGCCACAGCCAGAGUAGCUUUGGCGGUAAUGCCGACAAGAAUGGCGGCAGCUCACAUCGAAAGUCCACGCGCCUGACAAACAAGAAUAAACCGCACUAAGAGGAUGAGGACGGUUUCAAUUAUAUUAAUGAAUUAGUUUUUUUAUUAUAAAUUUACGUAUGUAUGUUUAUGCGAGGGACGUUAGCCAGCGCCAGCGCGAAAGAUAGAUUAUAAUGAGGAAGGAGUUAAAUCAAUGUAAACACAGCCCAACAAAAUUCACCGUCAAUGUUAGAAAAGUAAAAAAAAAACAAAAACAAAAAAUGGUUAAGCAUAAAUUAUAUGCAGUUGUUGUUGUAAUGAGCAUAUGAUGAAAGAUGUAAAGCAAACUAAAUUUAAGCUGCAUGCAAACAAACACGAGCCAUUAUCAAUUAUAGACGCAUAUAGGCCACUUUAUGCUAUAUAAUAUGAAUAUAUUUUGUAAAAAUUGUAAUUAACACUAUAAUAGAGAGUAUGCAGUAUUUUUUACUGCUUACUCAAUUAAAUGCCAAAAACAGGCUAGAAAAUGGCUCGACGUGUGCAGCAUUAAAGUAAAGAACAAGAAGCGGAAAAGCUCAAUUUAAUUUUAAGUGAAAAUUGGCGACAGAGUUUUAAAAUAUAAUAACAAGAUGGCGUAGUGUGCAAUUAAUCGAAAUUACAUCAAGGAAGAUAACAAACAGAAAGAAUAAUUUAAUGUGAAAA